AUGACGCUCGAUCAUUCUUCGUGGCAACAACGGCACGACACAAUACGACAAGUUCUUCAAACCAGAGCUGUCAAAGCUGCAAUUCGCGACUUUCAGAUCAGUCACUCCAGUAUACGCUCCGACGACUCAGAUACAAGCAAGAGCGGUGGUGACAUCUCUCCACUCUCGCUCGGCAGGCUGCUCGAUAUCAGUCUCGUCAUCGCCUGGUCCGCCCAUGGUCUCGCGCCAACCAAGGAUUCAAAUCCUUUUAGAGCUGCUGCAUGUUCAUCACUCCAACACCUGCGUCAAGCCAGCUUGCAGGCGCACGACUUCAAGACCAUCAAGGUUCUUCAAAAGAGCGCCGGCAGUCUCGUCGAAGUGGUCAAGAACCGCCUCGAUGGGCGCGUCUACGUGCUCAAGUCGCUCGUUAAAGGCUUUGCCCGACGCAACGCUGCUAUCCAAACUCCUAUCAACGAGACGAAACUUCUUCAACGCAACUCCGAUGACGGCCACGCUCUCCAGCUGCUCACCCCGCAGCUGCUGGCUGCGUUCCAGACCCAAAAUUCGGUUCAUGUGCUCAUGGAGUACGUCCCCAGCGGCGACUUCAGCGAACUCCUCAUGGCUGCAAGCAGCUGUGGUGCUGAGUACCCUGGACGUGCUACCACCGGCCUACUUACGGAAGACUGGAUUCUCAGGUACAGCGUAGAUAUGGUCCAGGCCAUCGCGUGGGUGCACGCUCAAGGCUUUGCUCACCGAGACAUCAAGCCAGGCAACUUCCUCUUGGACACAAGCGGCCAUCUCAAACUCUGCGACUUUUCCAGCGCGGCUCCUUUUAGCGACUUUCACACGGCAGAGGACUCCGGCAGAUCGAGACGAGCAAGACGUUCGUCGUCUUUGACAGAGCGCAAAGUAUGGGCUUUCUACUGCUCUCAACCCACGGGCACUUGCGAUUACCUGUCCCCGGAGGUGCUCGAGGCAGAGGAACAGAAAGCGCUCGAGAGACAAAAGCAAUACGAUAUGUCGAGCCUCGACGACGUCCUUGGAUUGAAACGUGCAAGUUGCUUGCCUUCUUCAAAGACCUCCAGCACAGAACCAGAAGAAAUCGCUGGAAUGUACGGCCCCGAGGUCGACUGGUGGAGCUUUGGUGUUAUGCUGUACGAGAUGCGAUUCGGCGUCUUGCCCUUCUUUGCCAGCAAGAUGGAGGAGACGUACGAAAAGAUCAAAGACCAUAGGACGUCGCUCACCUUUGACGCUUCGGUGGCCUGCUCGAAACAUCUUAAAGGUCUUGUUCAGGGUCUCCUGACCGCAGCUCGCCAUCGCCUAGGUCGAAACUCUUCCGAGGAGGUCCAACAACAUUUCUUCUAUCUCGGCGAGAGCAUCGACUGGUCCAAGCAAUGGCCUCUGCAGCCUCCCUUUACACCGAACGCAAACAUCAUCGACUUACAAUCUCCGCAUGCAGCAGCCAUGGGCGGCAACAACCAGCAGCAAGUUGGUCCCUUGACCGGAAUUGCCGCACGCCUACAGGACAAUUCCUUGUCCGUCGUCUCGAGCCUGCCAUCCUUCUCUGCUCUGUAUGCUGGUAACCUUGACGACUUUCCGGCGUUUGCCGAUUCACGAGAGCUCGAAUCGGACUCGAUCCGUCAGCAGCAGGAUUGGUGGUCAGGCGAGAAAAGUGCUGGCCACGACCUAGACGAUAGCACCGCCGCUGACCUGACCGAAGCGCCAGCUGUGGGAACUGCAGCAGUAGCUGAUGCCAUUCCUUCCGGGAUACCGAGGUCUUCUUCGUCGCCGGCUGUUGUGCUCAACACGUCGUCACAGUCCCUCACUCUUCGCGACCACAGCUCCUACAUGGCUGCAGCCAACUCGCCGCACGUUUCCCGUUCGGCGCCGCGUUGGUCCGACUGCGAUGUCACUUUUAUCGGCUUCAGUUAUCUGCCACACCGCUACGCCUUCUCGACUUCAGCAGCAGAUCGCGAAGCUCCCUCCUCCGGCGAAAUGUCAACCGCCGCUAGUUUAGACGACCUCGCGCACAGGUCAGAAAAUUCGCCGGGCGGGUGGCCAGCAGGAACCCCGGUCGCCUCGACCCCGUUCCACAGAGGAGGCGGACCAUCAUCACCGUCGAUCGCGAUGCUGCCAACCCCUCCCUCUUUCGCUCCCAGUCCUGCCGGCCCCAUCGAAACGGCUGAGAACGCGAAAGCAAAUCCUGUUAGACCUUCCGCAGUGCCGUUCUCGCAGCAGCAGAGCUUUGUCACGCCGGCUCGCAAGCCGUCAUACAUGGCCAUGCACGAGCGACUUCGGCAGCUACAGGGCCAAGACGCACCAAUCCCAGAAGAUGCUUUGGCGAGCCUCACACCAGCCGUUCCGCCUUCGCCCUACCCUUUCCCCGCGGCUUCGGUGGCUCGCACUUCCAAGUUCACGGGCGGGAAAAAGCCAUCACUGUAUCGCCGCGACCUGGAUCGAGCCAGAUCAGCAACACCAGGAGGAGGAAGCGUCGGGUCCGAUAGUCGCCAAUCGGGUGGUAGCAAUGCUGUUCGCGAGAUGUCGGAACGCGAAGCAUGGGAUGAGAUGAUGGCAGCGGUGCAGAAAAGCGUGCGCAAGAAGCAGCCUGUGGCGCCUGUGCUAGCGACCCCGUUGACUUCGUCGACUGCGCGUCCCGGAGGUUUGCCUCGCUCGUCCACUGACCCUCAGCUGUCUGCUUCCAAGCCGGCUGUAACGCAGCAGCAGUCUGUACAACGUGCGCAGCUGCAGACCAGGCCAGAAGUGCCGGUGUCACGGGCUGCCUCGGCUCGUAGAGCUCUGCAGAGCUUGAAGGCUCCUCGCCAGCCCACUGAGCCGUCUGAGCCAGCAGACCAGCAACCUCAAGGAGAGAAAGCGGCUUCAAGGGUACAGCCAUCAGGUACACUUCGUCAACGCAUAUCAAGGGCCAGUCUGAUCGCUCCGCGUGCCACCUUCAAGGUGAUUCCGCCAGAAUCUUCUCCAAGAAGCUCACCACCGCCUUUCGCCUUCUUGAACGAGUCUCCUCGUUUUGGUGCAAUGACGCAGAACCAGCAUGCACUCGACAUCGACAUGUACGAUUCGGACACUUCGGACGACUCUACCAACGGCAGACGCAAUCUCAAGCACAAGAAGAGCGCCCGCCAGCUGCUCAUAAGAGCGCAGGAGCGCGGUACACCAACCAAGCCCAAACGUGCGCAGAGCCCGCCUCUGACAGACGCCUUUGCAGCGGCGCCAUCGGUGGCAGCGGUGCUGGAAGCGGCAGGUGCGCGCAGCUCGUCGCCAAUCCUGCUGAGCGAUCAUUCUGCGCGCUCAUGUCAUUCAUCUCGCGACGUCUCGUACGAGCGUGGUGGGAUGGACUUUGGGCCAGCUUCGCAUCGCGUCAGAUCAGGGUCGAUGCAGAUCUCGGGCAAAGAGUCGCCGGAUGUCAGCAGCGAGGCGCUGUCCUCGAGCCUGGGUAAGACGUCGGUGACGUUUGCGCCGAUGGCGUACGUGCCUGUGUUGGGGGCGAUUCCGCCGUGGCGUGAGGCGAGGGACGGGGCUGGGGCUGGAGGUAGCUCGGACGGGCAUGGUGAUGGACUGGGGCCUGCGCGCGAAGCGGGUCGCACGGCAAGGACGAUCCGCCGCAAGGACAGUGGUGAGAUGCUGUCGCAGUACCGCAAGGCGAAGGGGAUGGGUCGGGCGACGAGCAUGCUUUCGCUGAGCGAUCGGGCCAAGGCGGAUGCCGAGGGUGCUGCUACUCCCUUGUCGCGACCGGGCACGGCGUUGUCGUCCUCCUCGCCUGUCAACGAGGAAGACGAGGACGCUUUCAUCCUGGGCCAUGUUGAGAGCAGAAUGCGCAUGAUGGCGCCAGGUGGCAGCUUACCUGGCCGCACCAUCAGGCGCUUUUCAAGUGUACUCUCGCUCAAAGAGCGGGAGAAAGUCACCAUCGAGCGGCCAGCCAGCCAAGACGGGACGUCCAAGACGAGUCGCGCUUUCGGACGAUUCAGAAGCCGGCUCACGUCGUCGACACUGUGUGAGGAGCCGAGUGAAGAGCUGGCGGCCGAAGGGGCCAAGUUGUCGAAAGCGGACGGUGGCGCGACGGAUGCUAAGGGCAGCAGUGGCGCUGCGGAUGGCCGGUCCAGGCUUGCCCCGUCCAGGCUCGGUGGGAGGAAGAUGGGUGACACGCUGCCGAGGUCCUUCGUUCUUCGCAGUUCUGCCAUGCAUGCGUCGACGCGCAAACACUUGGGCACGACGCUAGAAGAUAGCCUGGACACAGACUCGCCAGCCAAACAAGCAGACGUGAGCCUGAUGACUGGGCUCAAUAGCCGGCAUACUGCACUGCAAGGGUCGCUGCUCGGUCUGGAACAGCGGUUGGCUCGGCUCAAGGCCCGAUUGGAAGAUCAGAAGCCCCCAUGA